UCUCGGGGGCGAACCCGGAAGUGGCGGCGCCGUGAGCGGCAGCGUCGGGGGCAACGGGGGGCGCCCCACAGAGCCCCCACAGCUCGGGCCCAGCAGCGCCAUGCGGCUCGCGGGAGCGCUCCGGGUGGCCCUGGUGGCCGCGGUGGCCGCUCUGCCCUGGUUGGUGGCCGCGCUGCUGCUGGGCCCCCCCCGCGCCCCCCUUGUGCUGCAGCGCCUCCUGACCCGUCCUGAGAGCAGCGGCACCGCCCCCCCACGCCCUCCCCGCCAUCCCUGCGGGCUUUCCCGUUCCUGCCCCCCCGGACACUUCGCUUUCCGCCUCCUCAGCGGCGCCGCCAACGUCAUCGGUCCCCGCAUCUGCCUGGAAGGGCGCGAGUUAAUGAGCUCCGGGAAGAACAAUGUGGGGCGGGGGCUCAACAUCGCCCUGGUUAACGGGGUGAGUGGGGCUCUCAUCGCCGCUCAGGCUUUCGAUAUGUGGGCUGGAGACAAUGAGGAGCUCCUCAAAUUCCUCCGUCCGCUUCACGAGGGGACGUUGGUGUUGGUGGCUUCGUACGACGACCCCGCCACCAAGUUAACGGAUGAGACGAGGCGGCUCUUUGGGGAGUUGGGGAGCGCGGCCGCCAAGGAGUUGGGGUUCCGCGACAGCUGGGUGUUCGUGGGGGCCAAAGGGGUGCAGGACAGGAGCCCCUUCGAGCAGCACGUCCGGAACAGCCGCAGCUCCAACAAAUACGAGGGGUGGCCGGAGGCGCUGGAGAUGGGGGGCUGCGUCCCCCGCCGCGCCCCACAGCCCUCCUGAGGGGGACCCCGGGAACGGGGGGGCGAUGGGGACCCCCCCCGGAAUAAAUGGGGAAACGGUGACGAGUGGUGCGUCCUGGG